CUUUUCUUACUACUUUCUUUAAUGCAUAUCCCAGCUCAUUCUUUGUCUGAAUUCAUUUAUUUGCAUGAAACGUAUGAUCCUUCUGCAGCAUUGAAACGCCUGAACCUUCACACAUCAAGCAAAUCGGGCCCCUUUGAGGCAAUCGACACCCAGUCCAACACCCGUAUCAUCUGGCGGGCCCAUGGGAUACCUAUACGGACGAGCAAGACCCCCUGGGCUGACCUCCACUAUAUCGCCAGGGAGGUGGAGGGUCUGGCAGGGGGUGCACACUCUGUAGUCGUCUUCACCAUCUGGGCUCAUUUCACCACGUACCCACUGGCUAUGUAUGCACACCGUCUGGUCGUCAUCCGUAGGGCUGUGGCGUCGCUGCUAAGACGAUCUCCCACUACUCUGGUAGUGAUCAAAUCAGCCAACACGGGCUACAAGGAUGUGUACGGCAGUGACUGGCUCUCCUGGCAGCUCGACAUGGCUCUAAGGGAAAUAUUCAGGGACUUGCCCGUGGUCCUUAUUGACGUUUGGCAGAUGACCUCCAGCCACUAUUCUCCAGAUAACAUUCACCCACCCCCCGUGGUGAUCCAAAAUGAAGUGGACCUCUUCCUGUCCUUUGUUUGUCCACAGUGAGAAAAUCAGAAGUAUGGAUGUCAUGCCUGUAAUAACAUUGUGCCUUACUGUAUACAAAAUGAUGUCUCUGAAGAGGAAUCUACAGUAUAUGGGAAAAGGGAUUUUAAUGUUAAGAAGAGAAAUCCUUU